UAAACCAAAACAGCACGUUCGUAAACAGUAAUAUUCGUCUAUCAAUAAUUUUAUUUAUACCAAAUUCUGGUGCAAGUUUUUACGAUAAGAUAAGAGUGUAUAGAGUGUAUGAUUAACAAAUAAAUUGAAUGCUUAAUCGUUGUCGUGCCGCUCCAACACAGAUUUUUUUUUAUAUAUCAAAAUGGACAAAGAUUCUAAUAACCUGGUUGUCAGCAUUACGAAAGCUUUAAAUCCUACCGAAACUCCGCUCAAAAUGAAGCAUGCACGUAAUAUCAUUAUAGCCACCUACCGUACAAAAGAAGUAAAAUCGGUCUGGUCAAUAAUUACACGGCAACCUUUGAUGGAACAUCGAUUCACCGCUUGGAAGUUUUGUCACAUGCUACAUAAAGUCAUGCGAGAAGGCCAUCCCAUAUGUUUAAAGCAAUCGCUAACUCACAAAGCAUUAAUACUUGAGGUCGGAAAAUUGUGGGGUCAUCUACAGGAUGGUGUGGGAACUUGCAUUGAAUCGUAUACAAAACUUGUUGUAAAUAAAUUAGAAUUUCAUGAAAAAAACGCAAUAUUUCCUGGCUCCUUGCUUCUUGAAUUUAACGAAGUUGAAAAAUUUGCCGAGGAUGACAGAAACGUUUACUUUCAACUUUGCGUAGAAGUUUUCGAUUAUUUGGAUCAUAUAAUUGAUGUGCAAUCGAAAAUUUUUGCUUCGGUGAAUAUAUUUCGAAUGUCAUCGAUGACACCGCAGGGCCAAUGUCGUCUAGCUCCUUUAAUAACUCUUAUUCAGGACUCGAACCCACUGUACGACAUAUCAGUGCGUUUGAUGUUCAAAUUACAUAACGGUUUGCCAAGCGAUGUUCUCACCGGUCAUCGAGAUCGAUUCAAUGAUCUUUUUUCAAAAAUUAAAUACUUUUAUGACAACGUCAGACCACUUCAGUAUUUCGCGGACGUAAUUCAGGUGCCAUCACUGCCUGAAAAUGCGCCAAAUUUCUUAUCCCAAAUAGAUCUGGGCAAUUAUGUAGCGCCUAAGGUGUAUGUGAAACAAGAUCAAGAGGAACCUGCUGAAAAUUUAGUCGAUAACUUGACGCCUAUUGAAAACCCGGAUUUAAGCCAAAGAGACAAUAUUAUAAAGAGAUUGCAAGAAGAGCUGCUCGAAAAGGAAAACCAAUUAAAAAAUGAAGCUAAAUUGAUUAGCAAAAUAUCCGAAUUGAAUUUAAGAAACCGUUCACUCGAAAGCGAACUGUCAACGAUCAAGGAAAAGUUCCUUGAAGUCAUGAUCAGUAACGAAAAUUUGGAGACGCAAUUAAAGGAGGCUUCAGGCUUUCGAAGUGAAACCAGAGAAUGGGAAGAAAAAACAAAAUCUAUGGAAGAGAAAUUUGAGAAAAUUAAAUUAAUGUAUGCAAAAUUAAGGGAGGAACACGUAAAUCUGCUAAGAAUGCAAAGCGAAGAGAAGAGGACAUUACAUUCGGAAAAAGAGUCAAAAGCAUGUCUGGAAAUGGAUGUAAAGGAAUCGAAAUUUAAAAUUGAAGAAAUGCAGAAAAUGCUAAACAUGAAAACAAUGGAAUGCGAAAAUCAACUUGCGGAUAAAAAUUUAGAAAUAACAAAAUUGAAAACUGAAAUAACUCAAAAAAAAGACGCGUUUAAAGAACUGAAAAGUGAAUGCGAUGCCCACGCAGUAAAGUACCAAGAACUAUUAAAGAAAAACGAUUGCGAAACUGAGCUAUCAAGAAAACUUAACGAUGAUGUAAAUUUAAAGGAACUUAAAUAUGCGGCUCUUCUAGAAGAAAAGGCGCAUUGUGAAGCGAAGAUAACAAGUAUGAAUUCAACAAUUCACAGCAUAACCAAUGAAAAAUAUGAGUUAGAUAAAAGAUUGCAUAAUCUAGAUGAGAACGUUUUAUCUCUAAAUGAAGAAUUAGAAAAAGCAAAAAAAGAAAUCGACGAGUUAAAGCGGAAAAAAAAUGAAGCCGAACAUCUACUAUCCGAGGCGGUAUCUUCAAUGAUGAAAGAGACAUUCAAGAUUUUAGAUUGUUUAGUCGAUUCGGAAUUAACUGCAGAAAAAGCAUUGGAAAAUAUUAAACAACUCCAACGAUUGUUGCGACAGUUAAGCGCCGAAUAUUCAAGAUAUUCUAACAGCCCUAAUGAAAUAAAUGGACUUAUUUCAACAUGCUUAAACCUUAUGCAUACUAUAACAACGCUUCAUACAUGUGUCGUAUAUAUUUCUAAUAAUACAUCCGAUUUGGUGAAAGCAGAAGAUAUUCUGCGAAAUUGUAAUGAGUUCCGAGAUUCUUUAAAGCCUGUAUAUCAAAUAUUAUCAAAUAAAAGAGAUCCAAAGAUUUUACAAGACACCAUCGAAUCUAUACCAAGUGCUAAAUUAAAAGCAAUGCAAGAGCUAAUGCUUUCGCUGAUUAAUAUAUCGCCUGAAGGUCAUAAUCUGGAAUAUAUGCUUCAAAUGGAAUUGAAAGCUAUGGAUCAGAUAAUUGAAGAGGCGACGAACAAAAUAAUAGAAAUUUAUUCUGAUUCGAAGUCAUCAAAUAAUGGCAUUAAAUUGGAAGUACAUGAUAAAAUCUUAGAUUCAUGUACGUCUUUGAUGAAAUCAAUUAAAAUCUUAAUUAAAAAGUCUCGCCUCCUGCAAGAGGAAAUCGUUGCGCAGGGAAAGGGACAUUUUCCAGCAAAAGAGUUUUAUAAACGUAAUAGCCAGUGGGCAGAGGGUUUAAUUUCCGCUUCAAAAAAUAUUGCAAAAGGAGCCAACUUUUUAGUCGAAUCGGCAAAUAAAUUCUUUACCACGGAAUCAAGCAACAAUUUCGAAAUAAUUGUGGCAGCGCAAGAAAUCGCCGCUAGUACCGCUCAACUCGUGAUAGCAAGCAAAGUGAAGGCCGAUAAGAACAGUCAAAAAUUAGUCGAGCUGACUAAAGCUUCACGUGAUGUAUCUCAAGCAACAGGAUCCGUAGUAGCGGCCGUUAAGGAUGGAAACAUUCAAUUAGAUAAUUUUAAUGAAUUAGAAUUGACGCAGCUGACGCCCUCUCAAAUGAAAACAAGAGAAAUGGAAAUUCAUGUGAAAGUCUUGGAAUUAGAACAAGCUUUACAAAAUGAACGUUACAAGCUCAUGUCAUUCCGAAAAACGUGCUACAAAAACACUCAAGAGGACUAAAGAAAACCCGAAAGGGCUGACGCGCAUUAAAAACUAAUAACUGAAAGCCAAAACAACAAAUAUAUAAAUAUAAAUUAAAUAUUUUUAUCAUUAAAAAUUUAUAAAUUAUAAACAAUUCUUAACACGAUCUACGUGCAAAUGUUAUGUAAACAUACCAACACUAACAUUAAGAAGAAGAGAAAUAGAUUCAAUUCUGUUAUAUAUAGCUAAAGGACGUUUGUCGUCACAACCCGUGUAAGUUUUUGAUUGUAUUUUUUAUUAGCAGUAUUUGGCAAAGAACCGCGGUUCCAGGCCUUCCAAGUAAAAUAUUAAUUUUUAAAUUAUUUAAAAUAAACGUUCGCCAACUUUGUUGAAUUUUGAAACAAGCUGAUUCGAAUUUUCCAUUACCAUGUAUAUUAAAUUUUCU